UCGUCUCGCGCGAGGGCGCCGCCGGCCUGUACGCGGGCAUCCAGGCCCCGCUGCCGUUCGUCGCCGUCUUCAACGCCACCCUGUUCGCCGCAAACUCCACCAUGCGCAAGGUCGUCGGCAAGGGCCGCCCGGACGACGACCUCUCCAUCGCCCAGAUCGGCCUGGCCGGCGCCGGCGCUGGCGCUGCCGUUAGCUUUGUUGCAUGCCCCACAGAGCUGGUUAAGUGCCGCUUGCAGGCACAGCCGGGCGCCUUUAAUGGUGCUAUCGAUUGUACAAGGCAGGUCGUUGCUAACAGGGGUAUGGGAGGCUUGUUCACGGGUAUGGGCGCUACUAUGGUCAGGGAGAUGCCGGGGAAUGCUCUCAUGUUCAUGACUUACAAUGCUACUAUGAGGGCUUUGUGUAGCCCGGGGCAGGCUACGAAGGAUCUCUCCGCCUCGCAGCUUAUGUUUGCGGGUGGAAUGGCUGGUUUAGCCUUCUGGAUGCCGUGUUACCCAAUCGAUUUUGCGAAAACGCUCAUCCAGACGGACAGCGAAACCAACCCGCGGUAUCGUGGGUUGCUGGAUUGCAUGCGAAAGACUGUCAAGGCGGAAGGCGUCGGCGGCUUGUACAAGGGCAUCGGUCCUUGUCUGGCUAGGGCGGUCCCGGCUAACGCCGUCACGUUCCUGAUUUAUCAGUGGACGCUGCAAUUAUUAGGCCACUCUUAGGACGAAGCGCGCAACGAUUUUGUAUGUACAAUAAGUGAGUGUAGUUGCGCGGAGUGCUUGUUGUCUUGUUGUGGGAGGGGAUUUUGACUUUGGACAUUUUUGGUGUGAUGGCUCACGCGGGGGAUCCGGGUGUAGUGUUUGUUUUGUUUGUGUGUUGAUGUAACAGUCGCGAAAGGACGGGGUGAGUUGGUUUCUGGUUUCAGAGCCGACCGUUCUGCAUCCUUUCACUGUGCACGACGCCACGCUUUGUACUGUACCGGAAUUUUGCUAGGUGGGAUAAAACCAGUGUUGACAAGAGUCAGUUGCACAUGUUGCAAACUGGAAAGCAUUUCAGGG